CCCCGGUCCCUGUGACAGCGGCUGUCCUCUCCUCUCCUCCUCUUCUCCUCCUCCGUCCCCGGGACUUCUCAAAAAACAAACAAAAAAAAAAAACUUUGGAGAUGAAGUGUUAAAGAGGAGAAGAAGAGCCCGAAACUUGCCGAGCCCCGACUUUGCAGCAGCCGGUGCCGCGGGGAGGGGAUGCCCGUGUGCACCAGGAUUAGCGCCCAGGUGCAGCACUGAGGGUUUUUUUUUUUUUUUUUUUUUUUUGGAGGGGUGCAAAAGCAAAAAAAAAAAAUUACAAAAAACCGACAAAAACAUCAAGCUGGCUCACCCAGUGGUGCCCGGCCAAAGCAGCCUGGUGUCCCCUCUGCAGCCCGUGUGGAGGACUGUGCCCAGCAGCAGCAGCAGCAGCAGGAGGAUGGCAUCAGAGCUGGCAAUGAGCUCGUCCGACCUGCCCACCAGUCCCCUGGCCAUGGAAUAUGUUAAUGACUUCGAUCUGAUGAAGUUUGAAGUGAAAAAGGAACCGGUGGAGACCGAUCGCAUCAUCAGCCAGUGCGGACGCCUGAUCGCCGGGGGAUCGUUGUCUUCCACCCCGAUGAGCACGCCCUGCAGCUCGGUGCCUCCUUCCCCGAGUUUCUCAGCUCCCAGCCCCGGCUCCGGGAGCGACCAGAAGGGCCACCUGGAUGACUAUUACUGGAUGAGCGGCUAUCCCCAGCAGAUCAACCCGGAGGCUUUGGGGUUCAGCCCGGAGGACGCUGUGGAGGCUCUGAUCAGCAACAACAGCACCCAGCACCAGCAGCAGCACCCUCAGCAGCAGCACCCUCAGCAGCUCCAGGGCUACGAUGGCUUUGCCAGGGGGCAGCAGUAUGCAUCCUCGGCCGGGAUGCCCGGGGAAGACAUGGGCUCUGCGGCGGCGGUGGUGUCUGCAGUCAUAGCAGCUGCUGCAGUAGGGGGUGGCCACCACCACCAUCACCACCACCACCCUGGAGGACUAGCAGGAGCCGGGCUGCCGUCUGCAGGAGGAGGUGGAGGAGGAAGCAGCAGCUCCCCAGGUUCUUCUUCAUCCUCCUCCUCAGUGGUCGGGGGAAUGCACCAACAGCCCCACCACCACCAUCACCACCACCACCACCUGCACUUUGACGAUCGCUUCUCGGACGAGCAGCUGGUCACCAUGUCCGUCAGGGAGCUGAACCGGCAGCUGAGGGGGGUGAGCAAGGAGGAGGUGAUCCGGCUGAAGCAGAAGAGGAGGACCCUGAAGAACAGGGGUUAUGCACAGUCCUGCAGGUUCAAGAGGGUGCAGCAGAGGCACGUCCUGGAGUCCGAGAAGAGCCAGCUGCUGCAGCAGGUGGAGCACCUCAAGCAGGAGAUCUCCAGGCUUCUCCGGGAGAGGGACGCCUACAAGGAGAAGUAUGAGAAGCUCCUGGGAAGUGGCUUCAGAGAAAACGGAUCCACCAACAGCGAAAACCCUUCUUCUCCGGAGUAUUUCAUGUCAUGAGUUUAUGAGCUUGCUGUGUCAAAGCCAGAGAGAAAACAGAGAAUUGUUGCCAUCCCCGAGUUCUUCAUAUGAGCUUGCAAUAAAAAAAAAUUUAAAAUGUGAAUUUUUAGACUAUCUCGCUGAAUUCAUCAAUUUUGAGAGUUGCUGAACUUAAACAAACAAAAAAAUAUAUAAAUAAGAGGAGGAGGAUGUAAAAAGCAACCUGCCAAAAUGAAGCCUGCAUCCAACUUCAUAUGACUCUGUGGCCUCAAAAUGAAUGAGACUGGCCCGCCAUUUAAAAAAAAUCCCAUACUCAUCUCAUGCAUUACGCUUGCUGUUAUGUCUUGGCAACAAAGAACUGUAAUUGUUAUAAGACUUUAUGGAAAAAAGAGACAUUAUAUAAAUAAGAAGGCCCUGCAUGCUGGACAUGUACGGUAUAAUUAUUAUUUUUUGUUUGUUUUUGUUUUUUUGCUUGGAAAAUGGACUUCUGGAAAAAUAUGGCAUGACAUUCAUCUUUCUUUUUAUGUUCUUCAUCACUUUUUUGAGUUGCAAACAAAAAAGUGCAACCUAGUUCCCCUUUUAAAUAAAGUUUGCCUCUGCUAUAAAAAAAAAAAGAAACAGCUUUUUUCGAAAUAUGCAAAACAUCGAUUUUAUUAUUUUUAAUAUUAUUAUUAUUAUUAUUUGAAUGCACUGAUUGCUUUCCCUUCCGAGAUGACAGAAUGGAAUUUCCUAUUUAAAAGGUGGCGAAAUUAAGAUUGGUAGAAAGGACAGAUGUCUUGUCAAAGUAAACUCGUCUUGGGACUAAAUGCUGUGAGCUAAGGACAGUCUGAAGCAAAUUUUUUAUUUUUUACAAUAAGAAUAAAAAAAUGUCGCCCUUUUUGCAUUUGGUUUCUAUCGAAUGUGGAAUGCUAUGGGUUUGUAGUACAUAUUGUUCCUUAAUUUUUGUUUUUUUGCGGAGUCUGUCACCUGGUUACAAUGUAUCCUAUGUCCUAGAUUCAUUGGAACGAGUUAGCCCUGUUGUAGGUAUAGAACAUUUUAUGUUUUUUUUUUUAAAUGAUUGAUGCACUAAAUUGUCUGUUCUAGUGAUGUUAGAGGGUUAGACAUUGCUAUGGGAUUUUUUUUUUUUUUUUUUUUUUUUUUAAGACGCAUGUGCUUGCAACUUAUAUAUAAGUUGGGUAUAUGUUAAACCCAUGCUUUACCACUGACUGUAUUAGAAAACCAAAGUAUUAAAAGGGUUAGUACUCUUAGUAUUUAAGGGGUAAUUUCCAUUAAAACAAAAACAAAAAACAGUGUCUUUUUUUUAUUUUUUUGCUUUGAAUUUUGUCUUCAUUUUUUUUUAAAUUUUCUCAGAAUUGAAGUAUUUGGGACUGAAUUGCACUAAGAUAUAACCUGCAAGCAUAUAAUACGAAUGCAAAACUGUUUAGAACGCUAAUCCAAAACGUAAGCAGUUAUAAGCGAGGAAAAAACGGCAUUACUGCACAGUUUUAAAAUAAUGCAGUUUUUUAUUUUUUUUAUUUACAGUAUAAUAUUGUUGGUGCAGAACUGGAUUUUCUGUAGCUUCAAAAAUUCCACAAGUCUUAAAGGCAAUAACCAGGAAAAAAAAAUAUAUAUAUAUCUUAUUAUCAGGGACUGAUAACAUGUCUUUUACAAAUAGUUACCAUCUUAGAUUUUAAAUACGUGUCAGCUAUUAUGUUUUUUUUUUUUUUUUUGUCUAUCGAUAUUUUGCUGUGCAAAAUUGUUUUAUAUUUUUGAGUUACUAACGACAUGUGUUGUACUUUGUGCUCUGUCAUUUCACUUCUAUGGUCAUAUCAAAAAGAAAAAAAAAAUAAUCUACAAUAAUAAACUGCAGUUUUUGAUUCUG